AUGGAUGUGGAGAUUGCAGCAGUACUGCUAAGGAAACCCUCAGUGGAACCAAAAGAAACUACGAAUGAUGUCAUAAAGAUGAAGUUCGGAAGAAUUCAAAAAGACAAUUGGACCGUAGCUUUUCAGCAAAGUGAUAGAGAGGGUAAAAAGGUUCAGAAAUGCUUAUUUUCUUUACCCAACAAGCAUCUAUAUUCUACUUCUUGUCUCAACUACGUUCUUGGUAUCACUAAACAAUGCAAGGCAAACGAUGCUACAGAUAAGAAAUGCUUAGCAAACAUGAUUAAGUGGUAUAUCAUAGUUCGCAAUACCUUAAUCGGAUCAAUGCCAAAACGUUUCAAGGUUUAG